AUGGAGGGUGGCAGCGGCCAGGCUGGCGGUCUGGGACGUGCCUUAUGCGUGCUGACCGGGGCCUCCCGCGGCUUCGGCCGGGCGCUGGCACCACGCUUGGCCCAGCUGCUGUCACCUGACUCCUUGCUGGUCCUAAGCGCCCGCAACAAUGAGGCGUUGCGGCAGCUGGAGGCGGAGUUGAACGCCGGGCGGCCUGGCCUGCGGGUGUUGCGGGCGCCCGCCGACCUCAGCACUGAGGCUGGCUUGGAACAGCUGCUCGGUGCCCUACGCGAGCUCCCCAAGGAGGGGCUGCAGCGAUUGCUGCUCAUUAACAACGCAGGCACUCUUGGGGAUGUGUCCAAAGGCUUUGUGGACCUAGCUGAUCCAGCUGAAGUGAACAACUACUGGGCUCUGAACUUGACCUCCACACUCUGCCUGACCACCAGCAUCCUGAAGGCCUUUCCGGAGAGUCCUGGUUUCAGCAGGACUGUGGUUAACAUCUCAUCCAUCUGUGCACUGCAGCCUUUCAAGGGCUGGGCACUGUACUGUGCAGGGAAGGCUGCCCGUAACAUGAUGUUCCAGGUCCUGGCCACAGAGGAACCUAGUGUGAGGGUUCUGAGCUAUGCGCCAGGUCCCCUGGACACAGACAUGCAACAGUUGGCCCGAGAGACCUCCGUUGACCCAGAGUUACGAAAAAGUCUGCAAGCACUGAAGACAAAGGGGCAGCUGGUAGACUGUGGAGUGUCCGCCCAGAAACUGCUCAGCUUGCUACAAAAGGACACAUUUAAGUCUGGAGCCCAUGUUGACUUCUAUGACAUAUAA